CCCCUAAGCACACUUUGGGCUAAAAAUGGACAACUCCUUUGUGGAAGAAGUGGCUGCAUCACUGGUGAGAGAAUUUCUCAGUAGAAAGGGUUUGAAGAAAACCAUCAGUACCAUGGACCGAGAGCUUCCACGUUCUGCACUUAGCAUCAACAACAGGAAUGAACUUCGAAAUGUCCUGCAUCUGCACUCCUUGUAUAAACAGAACAAGGCAAAAGAGAACCCACUGAAAACACUCCUUGAAAUUAUUACUAAUUACUUCCUUGAGCACCGUGGGACUUCCAGAAGCAUCAGUUCAGGUUCUGCUCUGUCAGCUCCUCAAAGUAAGAGCUCAGUAUCUCAUCCACCUGACCUCUCGGAUGAAGAUCAUGUGUGUGGGAGUGCCACUAUGCUUGAUGAAAGCAAAACUCAAGCUCACAGAUAUGAUAUUGAGAAUCCACUAGAUAAAAUCCUUCCAUCCAGAAAACAUCAGCACAAAAGUGAAAAAUGCCACACAGUGGCGAUACACAACAGCCACUCACCCUCUAAUGGGGAUAAGAAGUUAAAAGGUAGUCGAGAAGAUUUAAAAACAGCAACAAUUUCUGAGGAGCUGAAAUCCACAGUGAAGGAGAAACCAAGGCCCAGGUCUGGUCUCAUUGUCAGAGGAAUGAUGGCUGGACCAGUAGCAAAUUCGCCAGAGGAUCUGCCAAAAAGGAGGCUUUCAAAACGAUCCACUAGCAUAAGCAGCACAGCACAGUUCAAGGGUGAAGAACAUGAAGAAAACGACCCAAGUGUGCCAAGUACUGAUUUUCAAGAAAGCAAAGGAUCUUCAACACAAGUAAAUAUGGAAUUUGCAUCAAAGAGUAUAUCAAGCUCACACACAAGUUCAGCCUCUGAAAAACUAAGAAACAUCCCCAAAGGUACCGAUGACUCUUUUGCCAAACUGCUCUCUGAAAGAGAGAGGACCAAGACAGAGGAAAGAAAAUCAAUUCCAAGCUUUGGUACAGACAGCAGUGAAAAAAGCCUUAAAGUGAGUGCCCCUCAUAGACAUUCAGGGGCUGGAAGGGAGAAGAGAGAAAGAUCCCUCAGGAAAAAUGAGAGUCAGUUGUCAGGCCACAG